AUGAUUUUAAUUAUUUUGGGUGAGAAUUUAAUACAAGAAUAUUUCGAUCUGAAGAAUAUAAUGGAUAAUGCAAAGCAUGGAGUUAUAUAUUUUAGUUUAGGAUCGAAUUUAAAGAGUAAAGAUUUCCCCGAAAGGAUGUUGAAAGAUUUGCUCAAAUUAUUUGGAAACUUGCAACAGACAGUUGUAUGGAAGUUCGAGGAAUCGUUGCCAAAUAAACCUGCAAACGUACAUAUUUUGAAAUGGGCACCGCAACAAAGUAUUCUCGGAUUUUCAGCACACCCUAACUGCAUUCUAUUCAUCACACACGGCGGCAUGUUGUCAGUAACAGAAGCGGUACAUUUUUCUGUACCGUUUGUUGGUCUUCCAGUUUUCUAUGACCAGAACUUUAACGUAGCAAAAUCUGUUCAAAGAGGUAUCGCUAAAAAGGUUGCAUUGAGUAUGAACUUGGCUGAGGACUUGAGAGACGCUAUUCAGGAAAUGCUGAACAAUAAUACAUAUAAUGAGGCGAUGAAAGAAACUUCAUUUGUGUACCACGAUCGUGUACCACCUGGUAAAGAAUUGGUACAUUGGAUAGAGCACGUGGUACGGACCAACGGCGCGUCUCACUAUCGCUCUACUGCACUUCUGCUGUCCUGGUACCAGAAAAUGUAUCUAGACUUUAUAAUAAUGAUUUUUGGAUUUGUUUGUUUGUUUGUAUAUUUGAUAAAAUACUUAUGCAAUAAGUCUAAAGUACAGAAGAUUAAGAGUUCGUAAAAAUGUUAAUUUCACUCCAGAAAUAUUUUCCUUCUGUUCGAAAAGAAACCAGAAAUAUGUUAAUUUUUUUAAGGUUGUAUUCUGAAAAGGUAAAUAAACUAAAAUCUAAUUGGCA